AUGGCGCAGAUGCAGCACAUACCUAGGUCCGAGGCUGAGGGGGGGCGGCCAGCCCGAGGCACACAUCCAGGGUCCGCGGUGGCGGAAACUGAUCCCCCUGAGGCUACACAUUCAGCUCCCGACUACGGAUACGAGGCCGUGUCGAAGCUGGUCACGCUAUACGGCGUCGACAGCACGGGUCUGGCUGACUUUUAUAGACACGAUAAGACAGCAUUCGCCAAGGCCGUUGUAGACAGGUUUCAUCGCCGCGAUCGCAGCAAGGGCCUCCUCCUGGAUACACGGAACUCGCCUCUGGUGGACGUCACGUCAUACUUCACGCUUGGUGAGGUGCUGGACUCCGAUGAGGCAUGCGGGACCGCGGCGUCGCCGAGCACAACCGACGUAGCCGAGGUAACCCGGCUCACGACACACUCACCAUCUCACGACAAGCUUAUACACGAAGUUGUAGCAGAUUACGGCAGUGAUGGCGGCGUCUUGCCGCUGCCCGAGGUUGCUGAUGUCGGGGAAUCUCCGCAGGGUGACGUCGCUCUGUCGGAAGCACCGCCGCAGGAGCGGGAACAAGCCCCAUCCACAGCCGCUGAAGACAUCGCCGCAUCCACAGCCGCUGAAGACUUCGCCGCAAACCACGUUGACAGCGAAGAUGUAGCUGCCAGUUCGGAGGACCCGCCGUCGUUGCCAGAGGAGGCAGGCGCCUCUACUGAGCCCGAGAUCGAUGCGUCCAACGACACAAAUUAUCAAGAUGCAAUGGGCGCUGAUGCCUGCCAAUCACAACCCCAACCAGCCAGCGGCGAGCAAAAUCGGAUGUUACCCACGGCGGCAAUGCUUUGGGCGGAGACCUCGGAACUCGAUGAAGUGGAGCGCCAAGACCCGCACAACACGCCCGUUGAUGCUCACAUUAAGAUUGGAAUGAAAGAAUCAUUGGAUUGGAUCGAAGACACAGUUUCAUUGCGAUCUGAAUCUCAACCGAGUCACGCGUUGCAAGAAGCUGAGGUUGAUGAGCCACACGCCGAGACCAUUUGCACGCCGGGCAAAUCGGAACAUUGCCAUGAGGUGAGCAGCAGCAUCGCAGAUCCAAGCUUACCGCUGGAUUGCGAAACGACAUCUAUUGGCGAUGUUAUGCCGCCAGAUGGAGUAGCUGUCAACGCCAGUGAUUCCUUGUUUCACGGCCACGACGAACGCCCUGUGGCGGUUCAUGCAGUAGACGAACCUUUGGUGGGCAAUGAUACGGAAGAAAUGCGGACUGGCGAAGAGGGCGCAAUGGUGUCUGAAGAUACGGUAUUGCAACAAUGCGAAAUCAACGUUGAUACAGAAACAUCGACGAACGAUUAUCUCGUGUCCGAGGAUGUGCACCAGGUAGACUCCGAGAAUGCGGAAGAUAACGUAUACAAAACAGAUGGUAACUUGGACAACAGAUCUGAACCUAUUGGUGAGGCUGAGGAUUCCCAGGAAAACCAUGACCUACCUACCAUUGCUAACGGUGAGGCAGACAUCCAGGAUGUUGUUAUGCUGGAUGACUCGGCAGCAGUUGCAGACUCUGAGCAGCCCCAAACUGUUAUUACGCAGGACAUUGAGCAAGACGCCCCAGGUGAAUCAGCGGAGUCGCAACCCGAUCUCCCGGUAAAAACAGAGGCAGACGAAUCGAUGGCGCAGGAUCCCAUGUUAGAUUCGAGCGAAAGUGGAAAUGAAGUUUUUAACGAGAUUCAAGGUGUCACCAAUCACGAAUAUUCAAAUGAAGUUGAUUUUUACAAUGAAACAGAUGCUGACACAGUAAUGAAAGUGACCCAUGAGGAAGAGGAGGGGACGCAGCAGCCCGCUGACGCUGACGACGAUACGGGGUAUUGUGCAGUCACGCAGUGCCAGAUAGAUAUAGCUCCUUCGACAGUCGAUAAAGACGCGUUGUCGCCGGUACGAAAUGAUGAAACUAUGGUUACGGACAUGGUAGAUAGCAGUGACACCUUUGUGGAGAACCGACAUCGCGUAACUGAAAUUUUGCGAACGCUAGAUCUGAAGCAGGUGGAAAACCUGCGCCAAAGCGUAGAAAACGCUAUGCAGUUGGCAUCGGAGUCAUGUGGGAUUGAGGGCGCCCACCUCGCCUUUGUGUUGCUGCUGUUCCUGGAGAUGGGCCAGCGGGAGCCGGUAAGGUUGUCGCUGUUCGUGACGCUGACCGCAAGGACACUCGCCACCGUCGCAGAUCGGGAUUGGGAUGCUAUUGAUUCCGAGAUAUUGCAUAUGCUCGUUGGGGCGUUGCCGCCUCUGAUAUCGAAGGAGCUCCCCUUUGAGGUCGCUCGGCCAUUGAUGGACGUCUGCGUUGAGCUUGCUUUCAAAACGCCAAGCCAUUUGGCGGGCAUACUAACAUCACUGCGCACGCACAUGAUCGUAGUUGCCAGCCGGUGUACCAACAUGGAGGAGUACAGCGCGCUGUUGAACAUGGUGGUAACCAGGGUGGACGCCGGCGCCUCCCACUCACGCCUCAUCACGACGCUGUUGCUGCGGCUGUUUGAGCUCAUGCUCUCAGGCGUGCACAUGAGCAACGCGUUCCACGACUGCCGGAAUGCGGUGCAGACGUUGGUGGAUACGUCACUGUCGGCCAACUUCGCCUUCCUCAAAGCGUUGGUCGAGAGCCUGAUAGCGGCGCCGAACGAGAUUGCCGGCCAUUUCAUGCUGCUGUUCAUUGCGCAGCUGAUGAUGGAGUGCGCGCGCGAUCCAAAGAGCAGCGUGUUGCAGAAGCGCCGCUGUUUGCGCGUGCUGCAGACCAUUUCCGGCUACGUCUUCUCUGUGCUAAACGCCGUGGAGGAAUCGUGCGGAUUCUUACCGGAGUACGUGUCGUGCUUCAAGUGCAUGAGCACCCCGCUUUUCAAGAUUUCGGUGUUCGACCUCAACUUGCUGGAAGGCUGCGGGGACGGGCAUGCAGCCUCGGACCCCCGCCACUUCGACGCCCAGGCCCUGCACGAGGUGGCCGAGCGGUACAUGACCCAUUUGGGUGUUCACGCGCUGAGAGAAGGCAGCACCAGUGAUUUGGUGCUCCUGAUGUCGCUCAAGCACAUCGCGCGCGUGAACUCUGCCGGCGAAAUCUUGACAAGCCGACCGCUUAAGCGCCGCAUGGAGAGCCGGCCGUCGGGAGCCGUGGGUUCUACGUCUCUCUCACCGGAACAUGCUGGCGACCUGAAGCGGUUGAAGUGUACCGAUGAUAUGCCUUCGUCCGCAAUGAGCGAAUCAGUGGCGCUAUCACCCGAUGAUCCACCAUGCGCCACUCAAACGGACAGCCAAAGUCAUGAGGAAGUUGCGGAGUCGGUUGACGACACGGAAGAUGACGAGGAACCAAGUAGCAUCGUGGAUGCAGCGGACGCCAUUGGUGCGACCAAUAACCGCGAUGAAGGCUUUUUGAAUUUGAGCCCGAGCAUCGGAGAAUUCGAUGUGGCGGUGCAGGAGAGAUUGACGACCCACGACACACUCGAUCAUGGCCUCGACAACCACGACGACCGUUUGCUGCGUUUUGCGCGUAUAGUCUACCGCCUCUUCAAGGCCACCAGGGGGCAUCGACUCGACGGGCCGAUGGACGCGCAGCUCGGGCAGUACUUCCUCCUUCCGCCGCAGAGGCUGCUGCACCUGGAGGAUGCGUCCGAAGCCGGCUUGUGCUUUAAGGUUGUGCUAUACCACAUCUACAACGAGCUCUACCUGGGGAUAUGGCGCACCAUGACCAACGUCCUGUACACCACCAACGAGUACAGCCAGCUGAGUUCUGCGAGCUCCUUCCUCUACGAGGUUGUCACGCGGCGGUUCGAUUACUUGCGGUACCACGUCGUUCGCAAGUUGCUGGUGGCGUGUAUGGGCGACCAGUGUUACAUGGUGCGCCUGACCGCGUCUCGGCUGAUGUGCGAGUUCUUCAGCCGACCCCCCGACUCGGCCGAGGGCAUCGGCGACCAGCUGAUGGGCAGGGUGCUGCUUUCAAUGCGCGACGUCAACUGGAAAGUACGCCUGGCUGCGUGCAAAGCGGUGUUCCAGUACGUGAGGCGACAGGGAGUUGACAUGGGCGUCAUGCCUGCCAUAUCGGCAGUGGCCGAGCGCACGUGCGACCUUGAGAGGGAGCAGCCCCCCGUUCGCGACAUGGUCCUGAACACGCUCGCAUACAGCCUAUUCAGCACCGCAAACCCACUGCUGAAGUCGACGGGACGCAUGGACGAGGGCACCGUGGCCCUGGCGGAGCGUUUCGUCAAGGUGAUCCUGUACAAGAUGUGCGCAUUCAAGGCGCGUGAGAAUUACGUCCAGCGCGUGCUGGAGCACUACAAAUCGCACAUCACCGACGUGGAAAGCAGCUCAGACACCGGCUUUCUCCGCGGGUUGGCCAAACACGAGCUUCACGAGGCCGUCGCCAACCAUGCCAAAUCGGCACUGGAGAAGUGGAUGAGCCUCUUGCUGGACCUUUUCCUGCUCCGCCGCAGCGACGGCGCGUCCUUCCACGUGCUCGCUGAGGUGCUGUGCGUCUUGAAGCUCUUUGGCCAGGUGUGCCCGGAGCUUUUCGCGUCGUACCUCACCUACUUCCUGCCCUACCUCAGCUGCGACUCCGAGGAGACCUUCGACGCGAGUCGCAUGGAGGUCGUGGUGCUGGUAUGCAACCUGGUGGCCAUAGCAUCGGGGUACUCGAACGACCUGCGGAAGGUGGAAUCCAACGUUGUGCAGCUGCUCUCGUUUGACGCGCCCGCACUCACAAGGGCAGCCAUCCAGCUACUGGUUGCGCUGGGUUCGGCGCACCACAUCACAGCGGUAUUCGAGGAGGCAUUCACAUACCUGUCGAAUCUGCAGUCGGUGCUAGGUGCGGAGCACAUGGCGCCAGAGGAUAUCGUCAGGGUGAUGUCGUACAACGUCCUGCUGCGCAGCGCCUGGAAGCUGGGUUGCGUGGCCGAGUUCGCGGACCUCUCGAUGGAACUCUCAGGCGGGAAAAGCCGCGCGCAGGGCCUGUUCGACGUGCUGCUUUCGUUGAUCGAGGUCUUUUACGGCGCGGGUCUCUACAACGUCGCUGGCAUGCUCGUACAGUCCGUCGCCCGCAUGUUCAUCAACCUUCGCAACAUCGUCUGCAUCGAAUUCAAGGGCGUCAAACGCGUCGCGCGGAUGUUCAACAACGAAAACAUGACCGCAUGUGUCAUGAUGCUGCUCUACCAGCUGUUGACGGCGUACGGCAGACUGGCCUCGCCUUCGGAGCCGGACAGCGCGGUGGCCAGCGCCGACGCGCUGCGCACCGCGCAUAACGAAGUUUUCUGCUGCCUGGGCGGGUUCGUGGAGGGUUUCGUCGCCCUAUUGGCGGUCGACAACAACGUCGCACGAAGUCUGUCGGUCUGCGGUGGCGCGGACCCGGUGAUGAUACUGGAGAUCUGCAACAUGGUCCUCGUGAACAGGCUAACGAACCCUGAGGCCGUUAUCCCGUUUGUGUUCUGCCACAUUGUCUCGCAGGAGCUCAACAGCCAGCGGUUGGCCGAACAGGCACUCAAGACGCUCGCCCGCAACGACCCGGAUAUAUUCCUCUGCAGGUUGGCGUCAUGCCUGCAGUCGCUCCUGCUCUGCGUCAUCAUUGACUCGUUCGCCGUCAGCCUCAGGGCGCCUCCACGACCUGUAACGCCGCGCUCGUCGGCGGAGCUGUGCGGCAACGCCGCUGGCGAACAUAAAACUGGCGGCGGCGGUGGUGCCGCUGACGGGGCAGUGACCCCAACCGCCGCCGGCGAAGUGUCGCCGGCCGGGGCGAGCUCCGGGAGCGGCAAAGGCCAAAAUCGUGGAUUUAUACUGGGCUACGAGUCGGAGCACACCACGGCACGCGUGCGUGGGAUCGUCAGGCUGUUCGUGGAGGCGUUGGCCGCCGCUAAGCAUGCCAAGAGAGUGGUGAUAGCGCUGGUCGCGCAGCUGUCGGUCUGCUUUUCCCCUGACUUUCGACAAGCCGUUUCGGCGGCGGUGGAUUCGCAACACAUACCCGCGGAGGCGCUGCACGGACUGCGCGCCAGCAGCGGCGCCCGCCUGCCGCGCCAACUGAUGAAGCACAUCGGGCGCGCCAGAAAGGGCGACCCCGAAGGCAUAGUCCACUACUUCAUCCUGCUAUACGUGGACCUCCUAGCCACCGUGCUGGACCACCUGACGUUCCGGGACGCCAGCAUCGCGCGGUUCCUGCUCAAGCGUGUCGCGGAAUGCGACAAGACCGCCGCCAUGACCGGCCCGGAGGACAUCCGGCGCUACCGUGACGCUCGGCUCACAGCGCUCUCGUCGCGCAUAAGGCAAUUUUACAAUUAA